AGACGUUUUGAUAGUCGUGUCUUAGCAGACAGCGUUUCUUCAAGACUACAACUUAGAGCUAAUUAAAGUCUGUUUCUUACUUUAUAUAGAACUUUUUUUAUAUAUAUAAAUCUGCCCUGUUAGAGUUUCUUUAUAAAUAAAACAUUAAAGAGGACACCCACGGUCACGGCGGAGCUAGCUGUUGAAGCUAAACCUAGCUACCCGAAAACUACGGAUUUUCUCGACGCAAAAUCCACAGUUUCUACAAUCAGUUUCUCAAAAUGAGUGCUGCCUCGUCCCAAAAAGUUGUGCUGAAAAGCACCACCAAAGUGUCUCUGAACGAGCGCUUCACUAACAUGCUGAAGAACAAGCAGCCCACUGCAGUAAGCAUUCGAGCCACCAUGCAGCAGCAGCAUUUGGCUAGCGCACGCAAUCGCCGGCUGGCCCAGCAGAUGGAGAACCGGCCGUCGGUGCAAGCUGCUCUGAACCACAAGCAGAGCCUGAAGCAGCGCCUGGGGAAGAGCAGCAUCCAGGCCAGGCUGGGCCGGCCUGUCGGAGCUCUGCUGCGAGGAGGACCUGCAGGGGCCAGAGGAGGGAUGAGGGGGAUGACCAGGGGAGGCUUCAGAGGAGGAAUCGUUCGAGGAGCUUUGUCUUCUCUGAGGGGAAGAAGAAUGCCUACAGGUGGACUCAUGCGAGGUCGAGGCUUUGCUGGUCGCCUCCCAAUGCGUAGAGGAGGCAGGUUCCGCGGAGGACCGGCUGGAAGAGGUGGACCUAUGUCUCGAGGAGGCGGUCGAGGAGGGAUUCCUAGAGGCAGAGGCCGUGGUGGACUGCGUGGACGUGGAGGUUUUGCUGGUCGAGGGGGUCGCGGCCGUGGGCGGGGCAGAUCAGUGGGUCGGCCAGCCGUUACUCGUGAGCAACUGGACAAUCAAUUAGACGCCUACAUGUCAAAGACCAAGGGACACUUGGACGCAGAGCUGGACGCCUACAUGGCCCAGGCGGACCCGGACAGUAUGGAGUGAAGGACUGAGGACUUGGACUGUAGCUGAAGUGUACGGUGGUGCAGCGUUAGGUGGAAGCGCUAACACAGGGCCACCUGACUUGUUUCAUUCUACAUCGACCUGUUCUUGAAAAAAGCGCUUAACUGAAGAUGCGGUGUGAGAAGAGGUGUUUCCAGGCAUUAUCCUUGAUGUUUGUAGAUUUCCACACUUCCAGUUUUUAGACAAGUGUGACGUAAACUGAUCAGGGAUUCAGGUGAAUCACUUCUACAUUAGUUUUUACGGUUUCCUGCUCAGUUCUUUGGACGUAUUUUAUUUGCUUAUCUUCAGUAAUUACAAUGCAAACCCUUUUUUUAAAAACGUGCUUUACAGGAGCAUAAUCAGACGUUUUAAAUGAUCCGUUUUCUCCUCAUUUUGUAUCGGAUGAUAUAGAUUUAUUUGUAUUCCCUCCGAAUGUUUUAAAAUAAAAAAACGUCUUAAGUUAUGUUAA